AUGACCGUGUUCGAGAGAUUGCUAAUGCUCGAAAGCAUCGACGCUCGCCCAUCUUGCAGUGAGGCACUCGCCAUUGGGCGUGGUGGUCGAGUGGAGGUGCAAACCCACGUGCCGAAAGAAACACCAACGCGCGCGAGUGGCAAACGCGACGCGCUUCUCCAGCCCGCCAUGGCAGCCGAUGUAGCGACUGUGCACCCCGAGAUCCAAGGCGAACAAGACGUAUUUGCUGAUGAGGCGAUGGGCCCGCUCCCCAUCUCAAAGAUGGAAGAGUUUGGCAUAAGCUCGUCGGACUGCAAAAAGCUGCGCGAAGCCGGCUUCCACACGCUCGAGAGUCUUGCAUUCACGCCGAAGAAAAGCCUCCUGACGAUCAAAGGCAUGUCGGAGCAAAAGGUGGACAAGAUUUUGAGUGAGGCGGCCAAGCUGGUCCCGCUCGGAUUUACCACCGCGACUGAAUACCACCAACGGCGCUCGGAUUUGAUCAUGAUCACCACGGGCUCGCCCGCGUUGGAUCUGGUGAUUGGCGGUGGUAUGGAGACCGGCAGUAUCACAGAACUCUUUGGUGAGUUUCGCACGGGCAAGAGUCAACUGUGCCACACGCUCGCCGUUACAUGCCAGCUCCCGAUCGAGAUGGGCGGCGGCGAAGGCAAGUGCUUGUACAUUGACACGGAGGGCACUUUUCGCCCCGUGCGUCUGCUUGCCGUGGCCGAACGGUACGGUUUGAAUGGUGAGGAGGUGCUGGACAAUGUUGCGUACGCGCGUGCGUACAAUGCAGACCACCAGCUUGAACUCCUUAUCCAGGCCGCCGCGAUGAUGGCCGAGUCGCGUUUUUCCUUGCUUAUUGUCGACUCGCUCACUUCCCUGUAUCGUACAGACUUCAGCGGGCGUGGUGAGCUUUCGGCGCGCCAGACACACUUGGCCAAGUUCUUGCGCACCUUGAUGCGUUUGGCCGACGAGUUUGGCGUCGCAGUCGUGAUCACCAACCAGGUGGUCGCCCAGGUUGACAAUGCAGGCUUCGGCGGCAUGGAGACCAAGAAACCAAUUGGUGGAAAUAUUGUCGCACACGCUUCAACGACGCGGUAUGUAUUUGUCGCUACUUAUGCUAGUCUUUCGCUGCGCAAAGGGCGCGGAAACCAACGUAUCUGCCGCGUGGUGGACUCCCCUUCGCUUCCGGAGGCCGACGCGGUCUUUGCGAUUAAGCCGGAAGGCAUUGCGGACCCCGUAAGUACACGGACGAUGCUGACAUCAGGAUGA